AUGUUAUCCGACAGAGAAAAAGAAGGGUGCAAAACCAUCUUGAACAAACUUCCUCAAAAGGACUUGCUAACUCUAACAGAUACAGUGACGAACCGAGUAGUAACUCCUGAAAAUACCCAAGGUAUUUAAUUAUUAAAAAUUCAUCCAUGGAUUGAAAACAGAGGAAUGCACUGCCACAGCUUGCACUCAUAAUUUGUACAAGCUGUGGCAGUACUUCUGUACAACGGUUAUUAUCAUUCGAUGCAAAUGUUUCUUCCUUUUCAUUGGCCGAGAGCCCACCAUGUGACCUGCAAAUAAUGGUGUGCUCAUGCGUUUAACUGUUUUUGGCUGCAAAUACUAUUCUGCUCAUGCGUAAAUGAAACCACGCUUUUCUCCUUCUUGCGAUCGCUCUUGAAUGAAAAUGGCAGAUUGCUUUGCUUCCUGAAGAUAUUCCUUAAAAAACAAACUCGGUGAUCGUAUGAUAAAACAAUUAUUGAACUCAGUUAUUGCAAAAUAUUGUGAUUUGUCAGUGUCUCGCAGGUCAAUUAUUUGCCUCAGCCUUCUGCUUCGGCAAAUAAUUGAUCUGCUCACCACCAACAAAUCACGAUAUUUUGCUCAACCUCGUCCAAUAAUUGCUAAUUGUUGUACAAGUUGUUAAUGGUUGUUAAUUGUUGUACAAGUUGUUAAUGGUUUACAAGGUCCGCCUCGCUUGUCAGUCGCGUAGUUAACAAACCAAAUACACAACUGACAAGCAAUGCAGACGACUUCGUAAAUGCUAAAAACCAUGCAUGCAAGAGAGAAACCUCUGCUCGCAGGCUGGUACAAAGAUAACAGCAGUUGAGGAAAAUCAGGGAAAAUGAUUAUUACUAAUUCUUACACAAUUUUUAGCAGACACAAAUUCAACAGGAAUACACUCAAACUGAAUAGUCUGUCGCAUAAGGUGCUAAACUUACAAAUUUCAUUUCUCCUCCACGGAAUAUCAACUCUACCAAUAGCAUUGCCAUAUGUAUGUCAACAAGCAUUAUAAUGGGAACUGCGAACUUGAGGGAUAUCCUUGAAAGUCUAUUCGACUGUUCUUCCCUGGUCGCACGUGGCACAUUUUCCUCUGAAACAUCUUUAUUUCUCUUUGCCCAAGCUGCUGUUACUCCAGUUGGCAAUCAAAGUCAAGUAGAUCUCUUUGCUUGCACUAUUACUUCAUUUCGAAUUCAAAUAUUUUUUUACAAAAGUGACAUAAUAAGCUCACUCUGACAUCCAUGACGAGAACUUGAUGUGUUGACAUUUUAAUGAUUAGUUAAUUACUGGAGGGUGGAUCAGCGGCAUCAAAGGCAUGUCUCCAGGCUCUGCCACCCUUCCCUCUCCCCAGACUACCUCUCGGCUCGCUUUGCGCCCCAAUUUUUUUUUUUUUUCACCAAUGCUGAUUUUUACUCCUUUUUUAGCCUGGUCUCAGGCUAAUAUGGCAAGGCAGGUUUACACUCUACAAUUUGUCUGUUUGAAGAAAGAGCAAAUUUACAGCACACUGCGACUUAAUUAUUGAGCCAAUCUCUUUAACUAAAGAAAUUUGCUGGGAAUAAAAUUGGCUUAAAAUGGAGCCAAGUCAUAAAACAUCAGUUUACACAAAAGGGUAUGGUUCACGAAUCAAGAAGUACAAGGGUGCCUUGGUUUUGAAAAUGCACACAUAUAGGUUAUAAUUUACAUAGUAUUUACGACUAUUUAGAAAUUCUACUUCUUGUGUUUUAUAAAAAACAAAGUUGGGAAAUUAUCUGUACUGUUGUAGCUUUUGUCAUUUCCCACCAUUUAUGUGCUUUUUUCAAACACUUGACAGAGGCAGUGGAUGCCAUAAUAACAUACAGUCAUACUGCAGGUCAAUUGCUGAGAAGGAAAAAGGUCAAACGUGAACACAUUUACCAAUACCUUGCUGAAAAUGGUGUUGUUGAACCUGGUUCAUCAGACAAGCCAACUCUGAUAAGAAGAUUGCUUCUGUAUUGGGGCAGUUCCCAAGAGGUACACUGUAGGCUAAACUUGACACUACAACCCUGGAGACAGGGUUGUAGUGUCAAGACAGUCCCAUCUAAUUUGUAACUUUUGUGCCAUACUACCAUCUCCUCUAAACAGAAAAAGUAAACCCCCUCCCCACCCUCUAUUCAAAGUUGUUUUGGCCUAAAAACCACCAUGUGUAAUUAUCGUGUUAUCAUAAACAACAUUGGAUAAAGCCAGGAGGGGGAAAAAUAAGCAUUUAUCCAGUGAUGGUUUCCAUUUUUGCCAGAAUAAUGAGAAAAAACAGGUAUUAUUGCAAUGUGUCUCAACUGGUUUUGUCAGAGGUCGUAGCUUGGGAUAUAUCAUGCUAUUUGCUAUCUUUCUGAAAAGCUAAAAUUUGUCUUCGCAUCAUUAUUGAAUUCCAAAAAUAAUAGGUCCAGUUUUGUUACUUUGGAUGGCUAGGAUAGACAUGGAUUGAAACAUCAAAAAGUUGAGGCAAUUUUUUCAAGUUUUAAUGCCAUGCCUGCAAAAAUUGCCCCAAAAAUAUUAUGGUUAGUGGUCCUUGAUGAAGCUCAUGUGAUAUCUUUUUAAUAACUUGACAGGGGGCAAUUUGUGUGUGGGUAAAGGAAUUAGUUAAUUACUUCAGCACAGAAUUGACCUAUUAAAACAGCAAUAUCCCAGCCCCUCUAAAUAGUGAAAAAUCCUUCGAGGGAAAGGUGUAACAAAGUGUUUAUAAAAUUAAUAAAAUAUAUAAAGAUUGAGAUAUAGCACAUCAACGUAGAGAUUCUUGGUCUAGCAUUCCUUGUCCAACUGGGAUUCGAAAUAUUGGGUUUUGAGGCGAGGGGAAAACCGGAGUGCCCAAAGAAAACCACUCAGAGCAAAGGGGAGAACCAACUACAAACUCAGUUACACAUGGUGUCAACACUCGGAUUUGAACCCUGGCCACAUUGGUGGGAGGCGAGUGCUUUCACCAUUGCACCACCCUUGCUCCUCCUCACAAACGACUCACACUUAGACUGCAAAACAGUCGGGUUUUUUCUCAAAAUCAGUAAAGAAAUCGAUAAAGCGUGCGUGGCGUAAGAGUAGUAGGGCGUGUGAGGCGAGAAUCCCCUCUCUUCUUUUCAUAAAGCUUCCCCGUUCAGAUGUUCGCACCAUCGAUCAGUGCUUGCGGUGUGGUUACAGUAAGUGAAAAAUGAAAUGAUGUAAUCUGCAUGACAAAAAAAUGAUGGUCAGUUCAGCUAGGAUGAGUGAGACGAUAUUGCUGUGUACCGAACACAUUGUUCACACAAUUCCCAGAUAUCUAGAUAUCUGAUGAUCUCAGAAUGGAGCAUUUCUCAUAAAUAAAUGAAAAUCAAAGUGAAAAACAGAAACUAUGAAAAUAAAAUGAUUUAUAUUUAAACAAAUCUUUUAAAGCUUUUAGUUGAACAAGGCAGCGCAAAAGAGAUCAUGCGAUCGCGAACCCGGGACCGCCGGAUUGCUAGUCCAACGCGCUGACUACUCGGCCACGCUGCCUGUUGUUAUCUUUUGUAUCCAUUCAGUCUGGGAAUUAACCGAUGAGUAAACCUAUUGGCCCAUUCAUCUUAUGGACAAGUAAAGAAUAUUUUCCAAUUUCUUCCUUUCAGGACAGUGACAACGAAAAUGAGAACGAAAGUGAAAAAUUGGCGGAUAAUGGAGAAGAACUUAGAACAACAUCGUCAAAUCCUUCAGGGACAGUCUCUUGUAAUUCCUCUUUUGAUACUAAUGUUAAUGGCCAACAGUUGGCAGAAUAUUUUAUACCCUGGUUCUACAAAAUCCUGAACACUUUUAAUACUUCAACGGAUGGAACGUCUCCAGAAUGGGGUCCGCAGCAUUUUUGGGCAGAUGCUCGAGCUUCUGUUCUGAUGGUGUCGGAUGGACAAGAGCAUGACGAAUGUCAAGGAGCGUUGGCAGUCAGUGAAAAGUUCCGUGAACUGGUCUGCAAAGAAAAACUACUCUUUAAUGCCAACGUUGGUGGGGCAAAGGGUCAGAUAGAUGCUUAUGGACUUGUAAAAAUCUCAGUUGGAGGAACUGUGCAUAGAUUUUCCAGUUGCCUGGGCAUUUUCGAACAAUCAUUUGGACUCAUUCGAGACCCUCAAAUGCAGAAUAACUGGAAAAUAAAGUUUACUGAUUUGAAGUUAAAGGCGCAUGGCGUGGAGGGUGAAAGUAGAAAGGCGAUUACAUAA